AUGCUUGUACUUGUCAUUCCGCUCGCGGUCUGUGCUUCGCUAUUCGGUGUCGAGGCUUCCGAUUCUCGGCCUCUGGUGCAACUACUGAAAAUACUGCCACUCAUCAACGCUUCCAUCGCCGAAAGUGAACUGCCCGUAGAAGAAAUUCCCUUAAACCUGCCCCCUCUGACAGAAAAUGCUAGAAAUAUUCCGGAGAUCAAUUACAUCGAUUUCCUGAAAUUGACAGCUGCUAGAGCAACAAGCGCUCCUGCAGAAGGCUACGAAAACGUCUUCGGAGAUGUUUUCAAAAAAUUCCUGCCUGGCGAUUUUUACAAAAUCUUGGACCAAAUGGCGGCAUUCAUAAAAGAAAUGAAGAAACUCAACGUUGAUCUCUACCCGAGAGAGUGUUAUGCUCGAGAGCAAGCGAUGCUUUUCGCACAGGAUAUCUACAUAAAGCUCAAAGUCGGGGAGUUUUCCGCAGGACGGUACCGCGAAGGUCUCGAAAACCUCUAUCAUCUCGGACAAAAAAUCAGCUCCCGUGACAGCGGAGCGGCCCAACUCUUGGACGACCUGAUGAUUAGGAUUAUCCGAAUCACCGAGAAAAUAGUGAGUCAAGGAGAACCGCUGAAUAAUUUUCCAGCGACGGACUGGAAUACUGUCAUCUCGCAUUUGGAGAAGCGAAGUUGCGAGCGGAAGAAAAUCAACAAACCCAUCGUCGGGAAAAUCGAGCGCUUGCAGCUGGACAAAAUCCUCGGUGCUGGGGGUUUCGGUGCAGUUUACAAAGCGUGGCUAGGGAACAGUGCGUGCACCGUCAAGCUCGUACCCCCUCAAAUGAUGCCGAGCGCGAAACACGCAAUCAUGGACAAAAUGGUUGCCUCCAUGAUAAACCAUCCUUGUCUCGUGAAGUACCAUGCUACUUUCUUCGCUGAGGGAGCUUUCGUUACCAUCAUGGAAUACAUAAGAGGCGUCGACCUAUCGAAACUGCUCCGCGUCUGUAGCUUCCUGCCGACGAUUGUUGUCAGAAUAAUAAUCGCUCAAGUCGGGGUCGCGAUACAGCAUCUGCAUUUCAACGGUUUUAUCCAUCGAGACAUCAAGCCCGAGAACAUGAUGAUCCUUCCUGGUUGUCGAAUCAAACUCAUCGACUUCGACACGGCGAAAGCUUGCAUUGGGAAAUUCCACAACAAGUUAAUGCCUUCCUUCUACUCCCGGACGAAACUGGAAUUCUAUCAGCCAGAGGUCGCUGGCACGUAUCCGUACACUCCGCCGGAAUGCGUCACGAACAGAGGUUACGGCCGAACUAUGGACUGGUGGGCUCUGGGUGUGGUGACUUAUCAGCUGGCGACGGGUCGAUUGCCUUUCGACAUCACGUCAAUGGACUUGCUCCACAGUCAAAUAAUCAGCGCAUCGUACAGUUGGCCGAGCGACCGAGAAUUCGAGGCGAAACUGAAACAGUUCGUCAACGAUUGUCUCCGGAUAAAUCCUAAAUUUCGCCUCUGCUCGGGACACUACAGUGAGUUCCAGAAGCAUCCCUUCUUCGAAGGCACCGACUGGUACUCAAUAGAGGCAGCUCCGGUCCUCAUUCAAUACGACCCCAUCGUCGAGGUCUACGCGCAGGAACUAGCUUUCAAAAGUACACUCCACCAAGAAUUGCUCACGCCAACGAUGGCUGUCCCUGAUUUGAAGAAAAACUUGGUGAAGGCAAGCGGCCCCGUGGACGACUCGCAAGCUCAGAUGAAGGACGGCAAAACGCCCGCGCCGGCGGAGCCACAGCCGGUGUGUCAUUUCGCGGGUGUGAUCUCGCCCUCGUCGUCCCCCAUGACGGAACAGAAGAGGGCACGAUUGUUCGCCGACAUGAGCAAAAUUAAAGACGUGGACGAUCAGCCGAACAUGUUCACCUUUUCCUCUUGGGCAUUCUCGCGAGCCAUGGAAGCUCUGGAGAGGGGGGAAAUGCCGAAUUCUAAUGCCCUCCUCGAGGCCGCUGAACGAGUUGUCAUCGAGGACGAAACGCAGCAUCCGUAUGCUUUUGAAGCUUUCCUUGUGAAGCCUCUAGAUUCAAAAGGGAAGCCCUAG